UCAGAAGGCGGAGCGCCCAUUCAAAUUGCGGGCCCGGGGAGCCGCGGGCGAGUGGCGUGGGCGCGGUCUCGGAGGGUCCCCCGGCGGGGCCCCUGCGGAGGCCGAGGCACCGGUGCCGUGAGGGGCGGGCUGAGGCCCUGGCGCAGGGCCCACGAGCCCGGAGUCCGGUCGCGGCUAAGGGGUCAGCGAGGUCAGAAGGAGGGGCGCGCGGGCCGCAGCUCUGUGGGGACCCGGUGGCCGGACCCCAGGGCCCCCGGCCCACAGCCUGACCGCGGGAGGCUCGCCCAGCGGCGGCGCUGAGCGGUCCAUUCGCUGUCCCGCCCCCGCAGUGACCAGCUGAGGACAGAGUCGCGGGGCCGCCGGGGCGGGGUGUGGACUUAUGUCCCUCGUGCUUAUUGCAGUCUGAUGGAAAAACUUCGCAAACACACGAAAGCCGCACCUAUUCCUCCUCCCUCCCUGUCCGGCCUUCGCGUCCGUACACAGUCACCGGGAGACGAGAGCGUGGGUGGUCUCGGCCUCAACUCUGAUGACACAUCUGUGCUCCUGGUGACCUUUCUAGUCCUUCCAUUGCUGCCCUUCCGAGUCUCGGCCUUCCCCUGAUUUCUUGGCUGCAGUGUCCAUUUGAAUUGAUGACUGAACCAAGUUUAGCAGAUAUUUUUGGAAACUGAAAGGCUGGAAGUCAAACGAACAUCCAGAGAAGAGCUUAGGUUCUCAGCAACAUUCUUCGUAAAGAUAAGUCGCUGCCAGCAUGUCGGUGCACGCUGAGCUCAGCACAAAUAGCGAUCCCGUUGGUGCCCCUGCUUCCCCAGAGAGUUCGUCACGGCACGUCCUCGGCCACAGUAGCGGCCUCCAGCUGCAUUCCAAGUUGGAGAUGUCAGAAUGUGAAAACGACGACCCGUCACUGAGAUCUGCAAGUCACGUCAGAGACAUAAACCUCACUUAUGUGAUUUCUGCCUGUAGAAAAGCAAGAGACGCACACCUGACCCCGAACUCUUCAGGUAGGUUGACCCUUCAGAGAAGAGUGACAAGGAACAGAGAGUCACCGCUGCUUGGCAACGAGCUGGGAGCCUCAGCUGAGAAGAGGUCAGGGACACGCCUCACGCUGCAGUGUCGUGCCGGAACGGGCCGUGUGGACAAGUGGGGAGCGGCACAGCGCGUGAAGGGAGUGGCAGGAGGUGACCGUGCUUCUGGGGAGACCAGUGCGAACGUACAGGUCGUGGAUGAUAAACAGUCCCUCGUCGCAUCUUCUGCGCCCUCAGCCGAAGACCUGAAAGUCGCCGAAAUGACGGCUGAGGGAAAAUACAAAGAAACGCUGUCUGCCCUCAGUGGGCCAAAUGACAAUGUGGCACUUAAGUGCUUAAGUCAUAGAGUGCCCGUCGGUCCCCAGAGUCAGACCGGACUUGUUAGAGCAGGAUACUGGGCGGCAAGGCCCGUUCAGAGCCCGCUGGAUGGCAGAGAGUCGGGGACAGGAAAGUCACAUCCUAGAAGUAUUGGGAAGAACGCUGCGAAAAAUUCAAGUAAAUUUGAAAGCUUAGAAAAAAGAGCUCCCCCGAGAUGUGCUGCGGAACGCACGUCGACGCCGAGGCGUGCGCCCCAUCUUCCAAGCCCGGCCACGCCCGUACCGAGAAGCGGGGUGCCCAGCCCUCAAGUCAGACAUGAGCCAACACGUUCUCUCCUGGCGAAUAAAAGGGAACGGUCACGGGAAGGGACAGCCCCUCCCCAGGAGGAGGCCGCAGCUCAGACCAGCUCCGCGGACAGAGAGCCCUUAGAAGCGGAGAGCAGCCAGGUGACCGUGGCAGUGCGCGUGCGGCCCUUCAGCAAGAGAGAGACGGUGGAGAACGCAGCCCAGGUGGUCUUCAUGGACGGGGGCGCGAUAGCAGUGAGGCACCCCGACACGAAGCACGUGUAUAGUUUCACCUACGACCUUGCGCUCUGGUCCUUCGACGCCGGUCACCCUGGCUACGCCAGCCAGGCCGCGGUCUACGAGGCCCUCGCGGCCCCUCUCCUGGCGCGAGCCUUCCAAGGCUACAACACCUGUCUGUUCGCCUACGGCCAGACCGGCUCCGGGAAAUCGUACACGAUGAUGGGAUAUGGUGAAGAACCAGGAAUAAUUCCAAGGUUUUGUGAAGAUCUCUUUGCACAAGUAGCCAAGAAGCAUACCCAGGAGGUCAGCUGUCACCUGGAAAUGAGCUACUUCGAAGUAUAUAAUGAGAAAAUUCAUGACCUUCUGGUUUGUAAAGGUGAAAAUGGGCAGAGAAAGCAACCACUGAGAGUGCGAGAGCACCCCGCGUCCGGACCGUACGUGGAGGCUCUGUCAGCGAAUGUCGUCAGUUCCUACUCUGAUAUUCAGAGCUGGCUGGAGCUGGGGAAUAAGCAGCGAGCCACCGCCGCCACCGGCGUGAACGACAAAAGCUCCCGAUCGCACUCCGUGUUGACGCUGGUGCUGACGCAGACCAAGACGGAAUUCGUGGCUGGGGAAGAACACGAUCACAGGGUGACCAGCCGCACGAACCUCGUAGACCUGGCGGGCAGUGAGCGCUGCGGCUCUGCACAGACCAGCGGGGAGCAGCUGAAGGAGGGCGUGAGCAUCAACAAGUCCCUGCUGACCUUGGGCAAAGUCAUAUCUGCGCUGUCCGAGCACAUGGACCGAAAGAGGGUUUUUAUUCCUUACCGCGAAUCGGUUCUUACCUGGCUGCUGAAGGAGAGCCUGGGCGGGAACUCCAGGACCGCCAUGGUCGCCACCGUCAGCCCGGCCGCGGGCAGCGUGGAGGAGACGCUGAGCACGCUCCGGUACGCCCAGCAGGCGCGGGCCAUCGUCAACGUAGCCCGGGUCAACGAGGAUGGCAGCGCCGCGCUCGUCAGAGAGUUGAAGGCUGAAAUCGAAAAGCUAAAGGCUGCUCAAAGAAGCCGUCAGAACAUUGACCCCGAGCGAUACAGGCUCUCCUACGUCUCGAUGUUUUUAAUGCUCUUGUUUUGUUUGUCUUUGGGAAGAGUGUGGAAAGAAAAAUUCGAACAAGCAGAAAGAAGAAAACUUCAGGAAAUCAAGGAGUUACAGAAAGCAGGAAUUACUUUUCAAGUGGACAACCGUUUGCCAAACCUGGUCAACCUCACCGAAGACCCUCAGCUGUCGGAGAUGCUGCUGUAUGUGAUCAAAGAGGGGACCAGCACCGUGGGGAAGUGUCACCCAGGCUCCAGCCAUGACAUCCAGUUGUCCGGGGUGCUGGUUGCUGAGGAUCACUGCACCAUCAGGAAUUUCGACGGCACCGUGAGCGUCGUCCCAGUCAGGGACGCAAAGACGUACGUGAAUGGGCGACACAUUUCGGAGCCGACGGUGCUGCAUCACGGCGACCGUCUGGUCCUUGGUGGCGAGCACUAUUUUAGGUUCAACCACCCAGCGGAGGUGAAGAGUGGGAAGAGACCGGCCGGCGAGGGCCCAAAGGACUUUGAGUUUGCGAAGAACGAGCUGCUGGUGGCUCAGCGGUCACAGCUGGAAGCAGAGGUGAGGGAGGCGCAGCUGAGAGCCAGGGAGGAGACGCUGCGAGGCAUCCGGGUCGCGGAAGAGAUGGCCCGGCGGGAGCUGUCCUCGCAGAAGGCCGCCUACGAGAGCCGGAUCGGGGCGCUGGAGGCCGAGCUGAAAGAAGAGUCUCAGAGGAAGAAACUGCAGGAAAUAAGUAACCAGAAGGCCAACGACAGGAUCGAGGAACUGGAAGAGGCAAAGCGGCAGCUGGAGCAGGAGGUGCGGGUCGGCAGGACGCGGCUGCACGUGGAGGCUCUGGCCGCGAGACAGGUUCUGGAGGACCACAGCAUCCGCCACGCGAGGAUUCUGGAGGCCCUGGAAGCUGAGAAGCAGAAGAUCGCUGCAGAAGUACAAUCCCUGCAGCAGAGUCGGGGCGGCCGCGACAGAACCUUUGCCAUCCAGACAAACUGGAGCUCCAUGAAACUGUCCAUGAUGAUUCAGGAAGCCAACGCCAUCAGCAGCAAAUUCAAAAGACAUUAUGUUUUCGGCAGACAUGCCACACCGGGGGACGGGUGUGGCUCCGGCACCCGCGUCCGCGUGCAGGACCUCCGACUGGGCGUCUGCACCUCCUGGAGCCUGGAGAAGUUCGAGUCUAAGCUCGCGGCCAUGAAGGAGCUCUAUGAGAGUAACGGCGGCGCCCGGAGCGAGGACAUCUUCUGUGACCCCGACGACGAGUGGGAGCCCGACAUCACGGACACGCCCCUCGCCUCGCUUUCCAGACGGAGGAGCAGGAGCUUGGCGAAGAAUAGGAGGAUUUCUGGCUGUUUGCGUGACGUCCAGGCUCACCCGAUUCAGAACUCGCACUCGUCAUAUUCCUGGGGUAGGUUUGUCACCGAGUGUCCUUGCGGACGUAACGGCCGACCCCCCGUCCUUCCUGGGAGUUGCAGAGAGCUGAUCGGCUCGUCCGCGGCUGCGCUGGCGAGGGGCUGCGGGGCAGAAAGCGCGGCGGACGGCCUGCUGGGCGGCUUCCUCCGGGUUUACGCGGGGCUGCACGCUGUCUCCCGCGCCUACGAGGACCAGGACGAAGACAGUCCAGACGGCCUGUUCUCCGACCGCGAGGCCCAGGCGCAUACCGUCCGGCUCACGUGUGCCUUCGGGCAGCUGGUGGUGUUGGCCGCGCACUGGCCGCGCAGCGUGGACCCGGCCGCCGGCGCGGCGAGCCUCGGAGACGAGCUGGGUGAGGCCGUCAGGAAGCUUGGGAGCCACUUGCAGCUGUUCCUGCAGGGAUGCUGCGCAGACAUUCCGGCCAUGGUGGCGGACGCUCAGCAGAACGUGCUCCGCACCGUCCGGCGGGCCGUGAGGUGCGUGGGGCAGCUGGCGGUGCUGCAAGGGAGCGCGCUGCGGUUUCUGGACGACGGCGGCACUGAGUUUGCCAGUUACCGCCUGCACGUCGUCUAGGAGCGCUUCGUGGCCGCCCUGUGGGACGGCGUGGGCUCGGGCCUGAGGCUUCUGCUGGACUCGGGAACCGACGCGGCCGAGCGGCUUCAGCGUGAGCUCCGCGGGCUGCACGCCCCGGACGAGAUCGCCCAGCAGAUGAGAGCUAGUGCCAUGGCGUUGAUCGGGUCUCUCGAAAACAUCUUUGCUCAGUGGAAAACAAAAAGUUGCAGAGCUCAAGCACAAGAAAACAAUUCUGGAUACCAGGAUCUGAAGAAGAUGGUCAAUCUCGCCCCACAAUUCUUGAAAUUAAAACACUGCUUAGAGCAAACUAUUCAGAUUAUUAUUGCUGCACUGAGAGGACGCCGCAGUGACCCACAGCUGCUCGGGGACUGCGUCGAGAGUCUCUGCAGCUUGGCCAGGGACUUGCGUGAUGACACAGGUGCUCGCGAUGACGUCAGUGUGCACGAUGACGAUGUCGGCGGCACGCAUGCUCCCAGAGACAGCUGUGCGAAGAGCUGCAGGGACCUGGAGUCUGCGGCCAGGUCGCUCCUCUUCUGUCUGGGGACUGAUGGGGGCCCCGGGCUGCUGACACCCUGAAAAAGCCCAGGAGGUUGGCGACGGUCCAUGUCGGGCAGGGCCGGCCACGCAGGGGACACAGGCGUGUCCCGGUGCGGCUACACACUGCCUUCCCAGCCCCAGCUGGGCUCAUGGCCCUGACCGCGUGUGCCGAGGACGUGGGCCCGAGCCGAUGGAGAGUGAGUCGGUGCCAGUGGCCCAGGCAGGCAUGUCGGGCGGGCGCCUCACACAGCCCAGGGUACGCAGCACGCUCUGUGAUGUCAGCCUUUGUCUUCAGCGCCGACACGCUGCCUGCUUGGUGGUUGCCCGGUUCGUGGAUGGUUCUUCGUCCCUGGGCGCAGACGGAACCAGCAGCAGCCGAGCACCUGUGCUUCCCCCCAGGAAGGUGGGGACAGGGGAGCGGGGGUGACGGGGACAGGGUGAGCUCGGCCACGUAGGCCUCGCUGCGUGUCCACGGGCCGAGCGCUGGGUGCUCAGCUGCUUUAAAAUGGUGCGGGGCAGCAAACUGCUUCUUUAUUUUAUUUUCUUGGUCUGAGUGGGUGUGGGUUCUGAAGCCGUAUCCGUGUUCUCACGGCGAUGCUCUGCCGAGGGCACGUGGGCUCCGUGCACACAGGACUUUUCCCGAAGGUGGUACCUGUUCGAAGAACCUAAACUAUCAGUAGUGUUUUUUAUCCUAAUGUUCAGUAUUUAAUCUUUGUUUUCUGCACUUGCUCUCAUGACUUUAUUGGUCAGAAACCAGUGUCUUCAUAAAAUUUUGUAUGUUUAUAUAUUUAUACUCUGAACUGAAUUCUUAUACAGUAUGUAAAUGAGUGAAACUAUAUUUGCUAUUGGAAUCAUGUACACUAAUAAAUAAUAUAAAGGGAAUGCAUUUAAUAAAUCUUGUCGGCUGGAGAA